UAAAGCACAAUUUUGUGUGAAUUUGCAAGAUUAAAUUAUUUUUAAAAUUUAAAAAUGUCUCAAACUGUAAAAUUAUAUGUUAUGUCAAGAACACAGCAGUGUGCAGGAAGAGCUGUAUGGAUGACUGCAAAGGCUUUGAAUAUGCCUCUUGAGAUUGUUGCUAUUGAUUUAGAGAAAGGAGAACAAAACACACCUGAAUAUAAGAAGAUAAAUCCACUCCAUACUGUGCCUACAAUUGAUGAUAAUGGAUUUAUUAUUUGUGAAAGUCGUGCAAUUAUGAAAUAUCUUGCCAAUAAAUGUGGUGAUCCUUUAUACCCAAAAGAUGCAAAAAAACGAGCUUUGGUUGAUAGCAGAUUAGAUUUUGAUAUAGGAAAAUUUUGGCCAGCUUUGAAAGAAUAUGCUUACCCUCAAGUUAUGCACAAUAAGCCUUCGAAUCCUGAAAGGGAAAAGGACAUGAAAGAAGCUUUAGAUAAUUUAGAAUUAUUAUUGAGUCAGAGCAAAUACAUUGCAGGAGAUCAAAUGACAAUAGCUGACAUUUCAAUAUUUUGUAAUGUUUCAUUUUUAUGGAUGUCAAAAUAUAAUUUUGCAAAUUACCCAAAAAUUCAAGCAUGGAUUGAUGUAAUGAAAAAAUUACCCUAUUAUAAAGAAACGAAUCAAGAUUUUAAUGAUUGGAUCCAUACUAAGACUCUCAUUAAAGGACAAUGAUAAUUUUGAAUGCUUAUAUUAACAAACUGCUUUAUUUUUCAUAAACGAUUAUUAUUUAUCAAAUUGUAUUUUUCAAAUUUAUUAACAUAACUGUUGCUAAUCAAUCACAAUAAAAAAAUUAAAUUUGUA